AGAGAAUCAGCAGCCAGAAAAGAGAAAGGAGAGAGAGGAGGAGAGAAUGUAUGGUGAAAGGCUAGCGCUUCCUUGCUUGUAUCCAGGGCCUUUGUGAAUAAACCAUGGGAUGUAUCGGCUCUCGAACCCUCACAGCAGAUGGAGUUCCCGUGCAGAAGGAUGGGGAACAGCAUGGCCGAACAGACUUUUCAUGGGAUGGAAUCAAUUUGUCUAUGGAGGACACAACCUCAAUCCUCCCUCGGCUGAAGAAGAGGAACUCCAACGCCUAUGGAAUCGGCGCUCUGGCUAAGUCCUCUCUGACAGGUGUGUCAGGAGUGACUCGCUCUAUGAAGGACAAGGUGACCAAGCCGACAGCGAUGGCCCAGGGGCGCGUGGCUCACAUGAUCGAGUGGCAGAGCUGGGGCAUGCAGACGGUGGGAGUCGGGGGCAGAGGAGCGGGACGCACCUCCAGUCUGCACCUCCAACAAGAGCGCAAGCUGGAGAAUGACGCAUACAGCGACCUCAGUGACGGAGAGAAGGAGGCCCGCUUCGCCGCAGGUGUGCUUCAGCAGUUUGCGAUCUCUGAGGCGACGCUGCUGGCCUGGAGCUCUAUGGACGGAGAGAGCACAAGCGUUGGAUCUAAUCAGGGGAGCGUAGCCCACCUGAGCGAGGCCAACCAGGAAAGCAUCACCAGCCGAGACCAGAUAGUGCACCAUUCCUCUGCAGAGGUGUGGCCUCACAACUACGUCUCCCAGGGUCUUUACUGCCUUUCUUCUUCUGAUGCUUGGGAGCCAAUUAGUAACGAACAGUCAGGUGUGGCCUCUCCUGCCACCGGUUCAUAUGUCAUGGCUGUCGGGACCGAGGGAGGAUAUGACCCGAAUGCAGCGGCUCACUUCCUGUCCCAACAGCAACAGCAGCAGUAUCAGAACCAGUUACAGCAGAUCCAGCACCUGCAGCAGAUCCAGCAAUACCAGCAGCAGCAGCUCCUGCAGUAUCAACAGCAGCAACAGAUGUUGGAGCAAAGGCUACAGAGUGCCACUCAGUCUUUACAAGCUACUCCCAACAGCACCAUCCACAGCCUGCCGCCCCUCACUCACCCUCCAUUAGUGGAUCUGUGGGGGGCAGCGCAGACAGAGGCCUAUCAGGCAGACAUGGUGGGCUACAUGGGCAUGCCUGUAGCGGUAGAUGGAAAUCUAACAGCCCCCACGGAGGAGGUGACGACAGAUCACUCACCUUUACUGGAAGCCCAGGAAGAGGAAGACAUCAAAGAGGAGGAGAUCACGUUAUAUAUGGAACCGGAACCAGUGACAUUAAUUCCAUCCCCGGUAACACAGAGAGAGGAAGUGACCUCAAUGGGAGGAAGCAGUCCAGGUCAAGCUCCUGGAGAAUUCAUCACAGAUCGCAAGGCGUCUGACGUCUCACCAUCUGUAAUCGAAGAGCUCGAGGAAAAAGAGGAGGAGUCUGAAUCGUCGCCUGUAGACGUCACGGCAGCCAACUAAGUGUCUGGCAUGAGACUUGAGCUUGUUUUGACAUUUCAAUCAGCAUAAUCAAACAAUAUCAACUCCUAUUUCAGGAAUCGAACACCAUUGUGAUGGAAUUCAAGUGACUGCUCGAACCCAAAACGGAAAAGCAGAACUGAAACUACUGCACUGCUUACGUGAAAACUAUGAUUUCUUUUUGUAAGCCUUAUAUUAUGGAUGUCUGAAAAAGAAAGGCACAGAAUUGGAAAUCCUUGGGACCGAGAAAAGAGAGAAUGAGGAAAACCAAGGAGGUAUGUAAUUCAGGACAGUGAAUAUGAAGAACCUUCGGUUAAAUGUGUGCAUGCUUUUACAAGGAGUGACGGCACUUCGUUAUUCAAAAUGAAGAAACUAUAGUUAAUAAAACCAUAAUGAUGAUAACGAUAUGAUUAUUUUCUAAGAAAACGACAAAAGAUUAAAUAUAUAAUUGUAAAAUAGACAGUAACACAAGUUUUUUCAACUCAUCCCCUUCAGGAUUUCAGUUCUCACACACCAUAAGAGAUUAAAUACACUCAAUACAACACAGAUCCUGCCUUUUCCUCUUCAGUUUUCACCCAGUGUACCUCCAAACGCAAUCUUUUAUAUAUAAAAAGAAGAUUUGGCAGGUUAUGAUACUGCUGGGAGAAACACCGGUUCAAUACAAAAGUUUCUGCGCUGCGAAACAUAAAAAUCAAUGAACUGAAACAAACCACUGCACACUACACAGCUCUGUUGGCUGUUUAUUCAAUAUGUAUGUAAUAAGUAUGUGUUCAAAACCUCAUUAACUUCAGCAAACAGAUGUUGUACAUACUAAUCAAAAGUUUGGGGUUGGUAAGAUUUUUGAAAGAACCUUCUUCUUCUUCUUCUUUUACCAAGACAUUAUUUGAACAAAAAUGCAAUAAAAACAUUAAUAUUACAAAAAUAUUAUUACAAUGUUAAAUAACUCUUUUCUAUUUUAAUAUUUUUUAAAUUGUAAUUUAUUCAUGCUUGUCAGUGCUUCAUUUUCAGCAGCCAUUACCUAUCUGGUCUCAUGGUAUAAAUGUACCUUGGUGCACUUUUUAGCAAGACGCGAAAUACUUACAAACUAGCACAUAUCACGGCAGUUUCCAAAAGAAAUUAAGACUAGAGGCGAUAAAUAAAUAAAGCAUCAUUUUCGCAUAAUUAUUUAAAGAAUAUCAUGAACAAUGUUAACAUGCUCGGAUUUUUGAAAACGGAUGCCAUUACUGGCCAUUACUCUGGUCUUAAGUGCAACAUGAAUCUUCAGAAAUCUUAUCGUUAUCAAUCUUGAAACAAAUUCGCUGCUUAAUAUUUUUGUGGAAACGACGAGAGAUUUCUUUUCAGGGUCAUCUGAUGAAUAGAAAUUUUAAAACAACGUUAUUUAUUUUAAAUAGAAAUCUCAUAGAUAUGUCCUCACUGUCAUUUUAGAUCAUGAAAAUUGCACCUUUUCUUAAUAAAAGGUUUAAUGUCUUUUAAAAACCUUACUUACCCCACACUUUUAAACAGGAGUAUACAUGCGCAAAAAUAUAUACGGUACCUAUACCUGCGAUGUUCUCCCAUGCUGCCAUACAAAAUUUAAAAGGAAAUAAAUGAGAAGAAAUUAUUGAUUAACUCGCACAACUUAUUAAAAAAGCCUCUUUUGGACUUUUUUAUUUUUUAACAUAAUUGGACCCAUUUCUAUUUAUUUUAAUACAUUUCAUAUUUUUUAUUAAUUUGUUUUUAGUGAUUUAUUUUUUUUGUAGUAGUAAUGCGACCCUUUUCACACUCUCACACACGUACACACAGAUAUAUUUCCUACUGGAGUGUAACGUAGCGUGCUUCCUUCUGUGUGUCAUUUGGCAUGUAUGAUGUUUGUUUGUCAGUGUACUCUGGAGUCCUAUACAACACUGUAUAGAUAUUUGCACUGGACCUCAGUACUCUGAGCCGAGCCUGAGACUGACUCUGUGAGAUCUGUGUGUUUAGCGGCUUGAUUGGCUACUUAAAACAGAGAAAUGUUCGGGAGGAAAAAAACUCUUUUGCACUUGCAUCGGAUGUUGGGUGAAGGACAGAUGCCUUUUAGAUUGAAAAUGAACUGUUUUAUGAAACAAAAAGACACACUUUCCGCUGUACUUGAGUUCUGUCCCAAAUGUUCUUUUUUUUUAAGUCAAAUGGAAAUUUCGUUUUUUUAGCUACGGUAAAUACUCAUGAUAAAUGACGAUUGAGAGGAGAAGGAUAGAUAGGUACUGCCUCGUAACCUCAAAUGACUAGAAAACAGAAGAAAAUUACAGUAAAAUUGAACAGUCCUGUACUUAUGGUUACACUCGCAGGACCAAUUUGUGAUGAUUACUUUAUUUUUAUAACAAAGCAUGUCAUGGUUUCAGUUCCAAAAUAUGUAAUCCAUUCUUUUCACUAUAUAAUAAGGGGAGAAUAGAACAAGACCUGGAUUGGCAUACUGUAAAUAUCCUUUAAGGACAAAUGUCUCCAGAGAAUGAGAACGGAAAAGGACUUUGUUGAAUCGAGUUGAAAGUGACCUCAUGAACAACUCAGGCCAUUUGGAAUUUUCGAACUGCACAGGCGUCUUCCUGUUUGUCAUGGUCACUGAUUAUACAGUAACUAUGAUGCUACAAACUUUGCAUUGACUGUGUAUUUGUUCGCAAAUGAACACGAAGCAUAUGCAUCCCAAAGUAGGAGCAGACGUUUGGUUCAGAAACAGAAGUAACUACAUCAUCCUCGCUUGUGAUGUCAUGCAUGAUUCACCAAGGGUUUAUAUAAAAAAAAAAAGGACAACUUGUAGAUGGUUAUUAUGACGGUUUCUUUGGAGGACGCGUUCGCCUUUGACGAUUGUGUAUAAUACAAAGUCGGCGGUGAGAAGAAAUAGCAUUAAUAGCUAUACGAAGCGUAUUGACUUGAAUGAAUUUAUUUAUUGACUGAUUAUUUAUGCAAUGUUGGGACAAUGUUUAUUUUUCUACAGAAUUGUGCGCACUCCCUCCUGUAUUUGUUGGGGUACAUAUUAUUUCACAGCUGGACUCUUGGAGGCUCUGACAGAUUUUUGUGUACAGUAUUUGUGUACUUUUUGUCACUGAAAAACGUAAACAUCUUGUUGUAUAUCACAAUGUUUUAAAAUUAUGUUUUAUAUAAGCUUAUAUAAUAAUAUAUAAGUCUACAUCAUUGCAUGUAGCAGUCUAACCAUAAAACUGAAGCGUAACUAUAUUUUUUAUUCAGUGUCAUAAGUUCUUAUAUUACGUGAAGCAUACAGAACUCCAAAAGCUGCUCACAUGAAAUAAUAUGUGCCCAUUUAUUUAUUUAAGAAUUAUAUAGGGGAGGGAUUUAACUUUGCAGCCUGUAUGAUAUCUCUUUGUUAUGUUGAGAUAAAUGCACCUUUGGUUGUAAUGGUAUCACUUUGGUUUGGUGAAAAUAUGUCAGACUGUACAUGUAAUUUUUAUUUUUUUUAAUCAUGAAACAAAAUGAUAGUCAUACAUAACGAUCUUUCACAGGGGUAUGCGAUUCUUUCAUGAAAACUUUUUUUUCCAUUUUUUUUGUUAAAAGUUUAAUGUCAUUGAGUUUAGUAAUGGUGUGCAAACAUGUCUAAAAAAUAAAAACGAUAAUAAAUUAGUCUAAUGAACUAACCUAUUGUAACUUUAAUAAAGUAACUAAAGUAAGCCGGAUAACUAAAAAUAUGCCACUUUCAUCUUGUGUUUCAGUUACCGAGGUUAAUCGAGCGUAACCUCACAAGGGUUGAUUUUUACUGUAAAGCUGUUGCAGUGUUAAUCUUGUUGCUGAGCCGAUCGUUUUGCACGUUGUAGUAUGGGAACAUGGAAAAAAAGACGCCAGUACACAGACUCUACAUUAUUAGUAAGUUUUAAAGGAAUUGUGAACGCACGCUUUGUCACCUGUGGGAUAUUGUAUGAGCAAAAACGUCUUGAUUUACGGCGUUGCGCCUGCAGUUCCACUACAUUUUCAUGAAUCCAUUUCUGAAAAAAAAAAGCCUCAAAGAUAUUAAUCACAUAAUAACCGACCAAGCAAAUGAACACAGCAAUCCCACAAAGCCAGGUCAUACCUCUGCAACCAAAGGAGUGAUGUCAUGUUCUCUUUGAUUGCUUUUUAUGUAAGAUAAGGAAUCUCCGAACGAAUAAAUAACAAAAAGCCAAAUGUAUUUCCUUGGA